AUGGGGAAGAAGUUCAGAUGCCAGGGACCCGUCAAACCAGCGGGAUCCCGGGAUAUUGGAGAUCUCCUACUCCGGCCUUCCAGGGCCUCUGGCACCUUCGCGCCAAAAGAAAAUGGCGACUCGCUCUCUGCUUCCUCCACAGAACGGGUUAUGGAUGUGCUGGAUGAGAUCCCAGAUGCAGGGGGGCUUCAUCACCCCUCCUCAGAUGAAGACGAGUUGCCAUCUACCAAGGGCGACAUUAAGGCGCUUUUCUGCAACAUUCGACGUAAAGGCAGUAGAGGCAGAUACACAGGGCCUCACUUCAAGAUGCCUAACAAUGCAUCUUGA